AAUCAAAGGACUAAGCAAGUCUCACAGGCUUGCCACCGUUCGCCCAUCGAUCUGAUCUGGGUUCUCUUCUUCCUCUCGCUCCUAUUCUGAUCUCAAUCCAUAGUGACCUAUCUCCCACAGAAUAACCGGCAGCUAAGUCCUUUACAAUCUUUUCCUGCUACUUUGGGAGAUCUUUGCUCAGCUCAGGUUUUUAUCCACAAUCGUUUUCGAAGACUUUCACCAUGGCUUCCAAAGAAUAUCGAGACGACGUCAGUCGUUCUGAAUCUCUUGAUGAGGAAUAUCACGGUCUUGUGUCAGGCACUCCUCGUCUCGCUACUCAAACCAAGUGGGGAGGGGCUUUGAAGCUUGUACCAGUGCUUCUAUUUGUGUCUUUGUGUCUCAACAUCGUUCAGGUGAUAUAUCUAGCCGUCCAUCGUCCAAAAGUGUACUCGCUCUACGCAAAAUUGCCUGAAAACGAGCUCACUAUUAAUUUCCAUUACGCCACUGAGUACAGUUCCGAUCAAUAUGACCAUGAAACCAAGGAUGCUCUUUGGAAUACCAUCGAUAUCAGUGAAGGUUUUGUAGCCCUCACUCACGAGGAGUCUGACGCUCUUGGAUUACCACGAUCGGAGGUGUUCCCUUGGGAUAUCAACAAGGGAAUGUACGUGAGCCACGGCCACCAUGCUCUCCAUUGCACUGUAUUGCUACACGCAUUUACUUAUGAUGCCCACAGGGGCAAAAAGCCAAAGGUGUCCUAUCACCAUAUUGAGCAUUGCCUAGAUCUUCUUCGCCAAGAUAUUAUAUGCAACGCUGAUGACAACAUGGAUUUUACUGCAGGCCACGGUGACCAGUUCUUAACUGGGGAGAAUCAACCUCGCAAAUGUCGUGACUGGAACAAGCUCAGUGCAUGGGUCAAAGAGCGUAGUGCUUGCUAUAAAACUAUCAACAUUACUCGAGCUGGUGAAGAUCAUGGAGUCGCCCAUCAGUUGGACAGAUAUACGUUUUGCCCUGAGGGCAGUCCAUAUCAGCCGCUGAUUGAUGCCUGGAAAGAUCUUGGACGAUACAAUCCAGGUAAUAUCCCGGAUGACAGCCUUGACAGCUUGAGCGAGGCUGAGCUCGAGGCAGACGCUAUUGCGGUGGCUGAACAUAAUAAGGAUAUUCUGGGAGGGAACUAAACUUGGAUCCGGUCUCGCCUCGUCCAGUAGAAUGUUCGGUUUCUUUGAAUCGUUCAGGAAUUGUCUCUGUACGAGUCCGAGUAUAUCAUUAUUUUCUGAGGAAAUAAAACAGUACAUCUCAAACUGACAACCUGAAAUUCUAAUUUAUUUGCCUUUUUGCUU